UUGUAUAUGCAGGCGUGGGAAAACCGUGUAAUAAUGUCAGGUGACGACUGACCAGGACACGACUCCUGAAACUCAAUGGUAUAAAAUGGCACAUCGGUCAAAGCAGGGCAAAAGACAAGUCGACCAGAAGAGAAACAACAACAAUUAUUCCAGAAAAUGAAGUUUUUCCUGUAUGCCAUCCUUGGAUUUGUGGCUGCAAACCUCUGCAGCUCCCAAUGCAUUGUUUAUUCACCAGUUCUUGAGUUUUCCAAUCAAACACACCUUGGCUGCGUAGACAAGAACGGCGUGUUACAUGACAUAGGUACAAAAUGGCAGGAAGAAGACUGCUAUUUGUGCUCCUGUGAUGAAGACAGCAUUAGCUGCUGCUACAUGUUUCCAAAGCUCCAAGGGAUCCCAAAGCAGUGCAAGGCAGUUGUGGACAAGGAGACCUGCACACGAAAAAUUGUGCUCAAGGAAGACCCUUCAAAGAAGUGCUUCAACAAUUCAGGCUGAACUGCUUGCUGCAAUUAAUGUAUAUUAUGGAAAAAACAGAACCCCCCCCCCAAAUUCAUGCUUCAUAUAUUA